AUGUCAUUGCCAAAUAUAGACGCAUUAACUUUCAAUCAAAAUGACGAUGAUCUAGUCGAUAUAACUCAAAAUGUGUUUGAUUCAGCACACCAAUUAAAGGAAAACAAGGUUGUAAAGUCGGCUAUCUUUGAAUUGCUAGAUGGAACAAGAGCAUUGGAAGUGCUAAAUCCUAGACAUGAUACAGGAAUGAUUGAACUUGAGGAAGAUGACGUGUUUUUCGACUGUUCACAACCGCAGACUGCUACAUCUAUCGUUAAUAUUCAAGGUAAGUUACUUGCGCAAUUGGUAAACUGGCUAGAGGGCCGCAGUCUAUCUGAAACUGUACUCAGUUGCCGGUACGUCCAAUCUAUGCUUGAAAAUUACCUUAAAGAUCCUAAACAAAGCAAAUGUGCUUUCAGUUCAUCCAAACUAAAGGUGAAGAGCUAUCGCAAAGAUACAGAUUACUGGUUGGUCCAUCGUGUUUUGAAAGUUUUUGUGAAAGGAUUGUGCAAGUUUGUAGGGUUUGCGAUCAGCAUAGCAAGGACAUUCUUAUACGAAGAGGAGGACUUGAUUUCAAGAUGUCAAGAUUUGAAUUUUUUUGCAGAAGUAUCAGCACAACUGGUUAUUGAUGAAAUCAAUGGAGAGUUUGAGUGGAUUUUGAGUCAUGAAACCGACCAUUCAGACAUAAUCAUGAGUCAGAUGAAGUUGGUACAGUAUUUGAAUCAAUUCGAGGUAAAGAUUACGUCUCAGCAUAUACCAUUCAUGGAGAACAAGCUAUAUCCAGAGGGACUCUUUUCCUUCUGUGACGAGGCAAUCGAAGAAAUAAACCACGUCAGAAAUCGCAAAAUCGAUGAGUCCAAAAUACCAAGGGGCGUAUUUUCGAAAUUUAUUCAAGUUGAAAUGGGGAAUACGAAUGUACCUGUUGAAUUAGCCUCGAUUUCCGAGACUUCUUAUUGUGACCACCUUUUAGGGGUAUUCACUGUGGUCAAAACAUACGUGACACAGGCAGCAACCAUCAAAUCAAUGAACCAACUUCACGACUAUCUACACUUCAAUAUCAAGUACCCAAUCGACAAAUUCUCAGUCUUUGCAAGAGGAUUAUUUCAAUUGUUUUUCAUUCGAGAUGACAAGUCAAUUUUUGGCUCCCCAAUUCACUUGCAACAAUUAACAAGUAUGAUAAUUGAGAACUUGGUUGGUCCAAACUCUGCAUUCUUGAUGCCUCUUGAGCCUCAAUUAUCACAAAUCAAAGGGUCCACUGCGACCGAGAUUUUAACGAAGCACGGUUCCCUCAUUCAGGAUUUGGAUAGCGCCAUGUACAACAAUCAUUGCAUUUACGGGGCUAAUCGGUGCCGGGUACAGCAACUAAUUUCGAAAAGUUUGGUGGUGUGGGACACCUUACAAGUUGAAUGGGAAGCAUUUGAAAUUCAAAUGUUUCAAAGCUUUCAAGUUGGAGAUUUGAUCAACGACAAUGAUCCAGCAAUUACCAUUACAUCGUUCGUAUACUAUCAGAAAACAGAAUUGAUGAUUGAGUUGUUGCUAGGAGGUACUAGUUUGGAACUAUAUAAACCAUUCGAGUUGUUUUUGAUCUAUUGGUACGGGGACAUAUUGUUGGACAAUCUAAUUCAACAUUUGAGACUGCGGAUUAAGAAGAUUCUUUUGGGCAAGAUGGAUCUGAUUGAAGAGAAAUUGCCUAAAAAAAUCAAGAAAUUGAAGAAUGGGCCAAAGAAGGACACUUUAAAGGAGCAGUUAAAGCACGGACAAGAGGUUACAAUUCCACAAAUAUUAUCCUGCAUUCGCCAUCAAGACUACCUCGCUGAAUCGUUCGAAACUUUACAAUGUUUGAUCAAUUGUUUCAAAAGAUAUUUUGCCAUUCUUUCAAAAUUGAAACUACUUGACUUCACUAUAGGUCCAGCAAAUAACUUGACGUCAAUGGAACACCUAUAUUAUUUGAGAAUGAAACCAUGGUCUUCAAUAGGUGUACCUCAAUUUCCAUCGUACAACGCCUACCGAAAAGCACUUGCUCUGACAAAGCCCGAGACGGAUAAUCAUACAAAUUUGAUAAAGUGUUUGGGAUCAUUAACAAAGAUCAAAAGUGAUUUGGUGACGGUGGAAAAGCAAAUACAAAAAUUGUUAGGUUAUGUUUCACGUCAAAACAAAGACUUUAUUGAAAACUCGUUAAUCCAACAAUGGUACCAUCAAUUGAGUGAAACAGCGCUGGAUUUGGGUGUGAGUAUCAGUCACUUGGGCAAGAUCUUGUCGACAAACAAAGACGACUUGUUUAAAAUAAGCCAAAAUUAUCAUCCUGUGGUGAAGCCUGCGAAGCACAAGUAUUUUAUACAAGUGCAAGUGGAAGCCAAUCAGCGCUAA